GAGGGAGAGCGUCGGUUUCCAUGGCAACGGGAACGCCUCGGCAUGUGAAGUGAAAGUGGAAGAAGAUCCUCUCAUCAUGCCUCCAACUUUCCACUCGGGAAAUGAGGCUCGCGGCCCGAAUUCAGACACGGGCGGAGAGAUAAGAAUAGGACAUAAAAACCCAAGCUUUCAAAAAUGUCUGUAGUAUUGCUUGUGAGACUACUUCAAAAAGGUUGGUUGAAGCUAAACGGCAGUAUGAGGAUCCAUAUGCGGCUUCGACUCUGGGUUGGAUUGGCGGCAACCUAUCUAGUCUUCAUGGGACUUGUUCAUUUGCUACAGGUCCCUCUGAGGUCAAAUACUAUCCAUUCCCACUAUGAUUUAUCUGCUGAGGGUGUUGUGUCAAAACACCGUGAGCAUAUGAGAAAAGAAGCUGAAAAGUAUGCUCGAGCUGCCAUGAAGGAACCCAGUGCAGGGCUAGAAAUGGCAGAACAAAUAAGAGUAUUGACGGAGACUUAUAAAAAGGCAGAUGUCAACUCAGAUGGUCUGCUAGAAAUCUCCGAACUGACAACUUACAUCAGUGCGAAAAUAAAGGAACAUCUGACUUUGGCGCUCAAGGAAAAUUUCUUCAUGUUCACAGCUAUUGAUUUGAAACCACGUAAUGGUAUGGUCUCCUGGGAAGAGUACCACAGGUACUUCCUCAAGCAGCACGGAUAUGAUGAUAACUACAUUGAUAACCACAAGAAGGACCACAAGGGACUGCCACGAGAACUCAAAGAAGCCAUCAUGAGGGACAAGGCAUCGUGGUCUCAAGCUGCCAGAGACAACCCAGACCAGCUGACCAUCGAUGAGUUUUUGGCCUUCAGACACCCAGAAUCUUCCCAUGCGACAAUACUUAGCAUCGUGGAGGAAACCAUAGGGAGAUUAGACGUUGAUGAAGAUGGGAAACUUACAGAAGAAGAAUUUUCUGACCCAACCAUGAAUGAAGUGCCUGAUUACAUGACCGAGGAGCAGUUCAGGCUGGAUCGGAUUAAUGAAUUCAGAGUUGCAGAUCUAGAUAAAAAUGGCAAAGUUGAGAGAAAAGAACUGUUGCAUUAUAUUGAUCCCCGCAAUGUGCACCAUGCGGAAAAGGAAGCAGUGAAUCUUCUAGCUGCAGCCGACAGUAACCAAGAUGGAGUCCUUACUCUCGUCGAGGUGUUGGCUGAGAGAGAGAUCUUCAUGAGAAGCAAGAUGGUGGAUGCUGCAAAGAGCUUCCAUGAUGAAUUUUAAGGAAACUUCUUCAGAUCUCAUGAGCUUUGUAAAGUUGGUAAUCAAAGUAGGAUACUAGCUGAUAUUAGUAAGAGUUUUAACCUAUGAUGAUUCUUUCCUGUCAUUGUUUCAUAACGUUGAAAGUUUUCUUUCAAAUUUAUUUUGUUUACGAUCUAGAAUUCUGUAAAGGAUUUUGAUCUUCAUCAUAAUAUUUAUGAUAGCUUUGGAUGAUUUGUAAUAGGUAGAGAAAGUGUUCAGGACUUUCAUUCACAAAGAGGAGACUUUUCUUUCACUAGUAAAUGUAUUUUUGACUUUUAAAACUAGCACAAACCUGAUUAUGACAUUCCUUCCAUUUUAUUGUUCCGUGAUACUAAAAAUAGAUACUUGUUAGCAGUAUUAUUACUAGGCAGUAAGAUAUAAUGUAGUACAAGAAGAUGACUUUGUGAUGCAAAAGAUUUUUGUGAUGCAAAAUAUAUUCAUCCCACAGCUCAAAGAAAUAUUCAAAAUGUAUUUUUAAUACAUUUCACAGUACUUAGCACUUUGAGUGUAUUGAUUGUCGUGCAUAAUUUACUAACAGGUGAACAAUAUGGGUAAUGAAAGAGGAAAAAAAGUUCAAGGAUGCUUUAAAUAAAUGGAAACCAGUGUGGCAGAAUCGAAUGGUAUCAGAAGAAACUAUGAUAUUUAUGUUUCUUUUUGAUUACUCACAUCACCAGUUCUUGAUACUGUUUGUCACGGUCUUAUUGUUUUCUUAUAGGAAGGCAAUGUGUGUUACAUUUAUGGAUAUUGUUAUUCGUCUUCCCAAACAUAGACUAUUGUUUUUUUAACACAUUGUGAUAAUGCAGUAUAGUUAUAUGUAAGUUGCCUUAAAGUAUAUUAUAUUAUUAUUAUUUUAAAGUUUACUUCAUUAGUUGCAUAAUAAAGGUAAUGUAAGCUGAUAGGUAUGAAAUAGAGAAAAUAUGCACAAAUGCAAUUGCACACAAGCACACACACAUAUUAGGUAAAGACAUGCAUAUGUACUGUUAUAGCCGCAAGAAUACAAGAAUACGUAGGCCUACACACACACAAAAAAAUUAUGUACCUCUUUACCCUUUUUCCUGCAUACCUGUAGGGCAUAGUUACACAUCUGUCUUCCAAACUACCAUCCUGCCUAGCUACUGUUAACCAAAAGUAUCUAGUUACAAAAUUACCUACUUACCUACCUACCCACCUACCAACCCAACCCAUUUACUUAUCUACCUAUUUACCAUCCUACCUAACUAAACAAACCCACCCACCCACUUAUGCACCUACCUACCUACCUACCUACCUACCUACCUACCUACCUACCUACCUACCUACCUACCUACCUACCUACCUACCUACCUACCUACCUACCUACCUACCUACCUAUCUACUUACCUACCUACAAAUCUAUCUACCUGCCUACUUACCUACCUAUCCACCCACCCACCCACCCACCCACCCAAACACCCACCCACCAAACAAACAAACAUUCUUUCUUACAUGCAUACAUUCAUACAUAUGCGUACACUUACAUACAAGCAUGCAUACAUGCAUGUUUACAUACAUACAUAUACAUGUAUAUCUACACACAUGCAGAAAUACAAUACAUACUAAUUUCUAGCAACAUUCAGAGAGCUUUGAAUAUUUAAGGGAUCUUGUAAAGCAUAAUAUAGAGACAAGAAUAGACACAUGAAAGAAGUUUAGAUCCAUGUUUUAUUGUAGGCUGCAGUAGAUUAGUACUGGGAAAUUUCAAUAUAAACUUCUGCACGAUUAUCCUCAUUUUCUUUUAGAAUUACGUAGUGCAUGGAAGGAUAUUGGCGGUAUAUUGUGGUGGAGUGUGCCUAUGCUGUGAUACUAGUGUAAUAAAAAUAAAAGUUA